AUGCCUUUGAGUAGCCGACUGUCACGUACACAGAUUAAUUCACCCAUAACAACUCCCAGUGGCCAAACUGCGACCCACAAGUACCGCCUCCACCAAUCACAACCCUCCAAAAUUUCCAUGCCAUCAAACAUCCAAUCCAUCUCCUUCAACAUCACCACUUCAACUCCAACCAAACCCAAACUACAACGACAAUCGGACCAGCCUCACAAUGCAGUCCCUCACGCGCCUCGCGCGCCCUCUCAUCUCCAAAUCAAUCACCCCAAUUCGGUGCGCACGCCGCAAAACAUUCACAACCCUCUCCCCUCUACGACCAUCACUCACCCCCCUCCGCCGACCGGCCCUCACAUCCUUCACGCCAUCGCCCAAUGCCGUUACCAGCGAAACCGCCGACCUCGUCUGCCAAAGCGCCGUGUCGUCGCACCCUGCUCUGUGUGGGCUGCAAUUGCGCUUCGGCCCGCGAAACACGAUGAACGGACAUACGAGGCUGGUUCAGAAGCGGAGACAUGGCUUCCUGUACCGGAUGCGCAGUAG